AUGGCAAGUCUCUCUCUCCAGAGUUAUCAGUCUCUCUCUCUCCAGAGGUAUCAGUCUCUCUCCAGUAUCAGUGUAUCUUCAGACUUACCCAGCAUCGUUGUCCGUCCUCUUCAGUCCUUUGGAGAUGUGAGUCAGACUGUGUCUGAACUGAGAGAGAAACUAGAAGACUUCCUUAAAGGAGAAUGGACCAAGAUCUCCACUACAGUGAAUAUAGUGGAUGUUGUACUGCCUCCAGAGCCCAGAGAACAGUUGUUACAAUAUUCCUGUCAGCUCACACUGGACCCAAACACAGCACACACACGCCUCUCUCUGUCUGAAGGGAACAGAAAGGUGACACGUACAGGCCAAGUCCAACCAUAUCCUGACCAUCCAGACAGAUUCACCUACUGGUACCAGGUUCUGUGUAGAGAGGGUCUGUCUGGACGCUGUUACUGGGAGGUGGAGUGGACUGGUGAUGUUGAUACAGCAGUCUCAUAUAAAGACAUCAGCAGAACAGAGAGAGAUGGUGGAUUUGGAUACAAUAACAAGUCCUGGAGUUUACAUUACUAUAGAGGUGAUUAUUGGUUCAGACACAAUAAUGUUGAGACUAAAGUAUCAGGCCCUCAGUCCUCCAGAGUAGGAGUGUACCUGGAUCACAAGGCAGGUACUCUGUCCUUCUACAGUGUCUCUGACACAAUGACCCUCCUCCACAGAGUCCAGACCACAUUCACUCAGCCCCUCUAUCCUGGGUUUAGUCUCUAUAGUUAUAAUGGUACUGCUGAGCUGGUUAAACUGUAGUAGGGUUCACAUAGAUACUAGUCAUGCUGGUGUAGUCUAUAGCUGAGCUGGUUAAACUGUAGUAGGGUCCACAUAGAUACUAGUCAUGCUGGUGUAGUCUAUAGCUGAGCUGGUUAAACUGUAGUAGGGUCCACAUAGAUACUAGUCAUGCUGGUGUAGUCUAUAGCUGAGCUGGUUAAACUGUAGUAGGGUCCACAUAGAUACUAGUCAUGCUGGUGUAGUCUAUAGCUGAGCUUGUUAAACUGUAGUAGGGUCCACAUAGAUACUAGUCAUGCUGGUGUAGUCUAUAGCUGAGCUGGUUAAACUGUAGUAGGGUCCACAUAGAUACUAGUCAUGCUGGUGUAGUCUAUAGCUGAGCUGGUUAAACUGUAAACUGAUUUGUUAUUAAUUACAAUUCAAUACAAUGUUUUAAUCUUGUACAUUUCCAUGAAUCAUGAUGUCUGGUGUUGAUGUAUAUUGGUUGUCAUUCAGAACCAUUGAUAUGUUUUCUCAGUUGGUUCUCUGUCUCUAUGUAAUUCUCCUCAGUAUCAUUGAUCAGCUUGUUGGCUCGGUCCUAAUUGAUGUGUUCUCUGUCACCUGGAGCUGCAUGGAAAAUGGUCCAGGAACUAAAGGACAAUUCAGGACUAGUCAGCCCACUACAAGCUGGUAUCACUUACUUUCUACUAAACUAUAUGGUCUGGUUUCCCAGGCACAGAUUAAUCCUAGUCCUGGACUAAACAGUAUGUUCAAUGUAGAUGUCCAGGAAACCGGCCCUAAAUGUGUCAUCUUUCAUCCUCCCAUACUGCUCAGUCCAGCAACAUUAAACCUGUCCAGCAGGUGGUGCUGUUGACCAAACAAUAAAACCAGCAGAUAUCUUGACUUGCCACUCAGUAUAUCAGUAAUGUUCAGAAUAGUACUUUAAUAUCAUUGGAGAUUGAUGGUCUUUUUAAUCCAUAUCCAGAGUCAGGAACAGAUGAAGUUAGGUCUGCUACUGUUCAGUGAUUAAAUAUGAUUUAUGGUGAUGGGAAAUAAUAAAAAACACUCAACUUCAUCUAGUAA